GCAGUACUUCUGUGUGUUACCUGUCAGAAUCAUUCCUAGUGCAAGGUUGGGUUUGUGACCAUGAUGUCAAGAUUGGUUUUUCUCCUUUUCUGUGGAUAUAUUGCACUAAACCUGGGAAAUGCUCAGAAAUUGCCAAGAGUGAAAAGGCAGAGUCUAAAAGUUCAGAUCAAUGCAACAGAUGACACCAUUUGCAUGAGGUAUCUUCGAGCAAGUCAAAACACCAGACUAGAAGGUUUUGUCCUGGGUUAUGGAAGCAGUUUCUUUUCUAAUCAGUACAUUCCUUUACCUUCAGAAGGAAAAAACUACGUAACAGAACUUGAUGCUGAGCCACGGUAUUUAGUUUCAGUAAGACCAGCACGUGUUUCAAGUAACAAGAAAUCUUGUUCAGGUCGGACCAAGAAUCAAAAGCCUCUGCAGCUGAUAGUUGGCACUCUUACCCCAACCUCCGUUUUCCUCUCCUGGGGCAUCCUAGUCAACCCUCAGCAUGACUGGACAGCAACUACAAACUGUGCUAGUGACAGGUUCUAUACAGUUCGCUACAGAGAAAAGGGUAAAGACAAGAAAUGGGUUUUUCAGCUUUGCCCAGUUACAGAGACAGUGGUGGACAAUCUGAAGCCAAACACGCUUUAUGAAUUUGGAGUUAAAGACAAUCUAGAAGAUAGUAUUUGGAGCAAGACUUUAAAUCAUAAGACAGUUCUGUCUAGCAAAAAGGUAAAUGGACAGCUCCAGAAUGUGUACAAGUUGGUACCUAAUUCCCAGACACAGCUUAAACUGCGUGAUAAUAAGAGGUUGGUUCCUGUCACAAUAAUCAAACAAGUUAUUCAAAAUCAGACGCAGUCAAAAACUUCAGAUAGUUCUUCGCUCCCAGGAGCAAUAUUAGUGCAUCUUAUUGUUCCGGGUCUCAAUGAAACUCAGCAGAAGCUUUCCCCUCUCCUGCCAAUAGAUGACAUACUUCAAGCAUCCACAAAAAAAAUGGCUAAGAACGAAACUCGAGUGUGGCCUGCUGAAUCCAAAACACCAGCAGUUCAAGAAAUCUCUCCAGAGUCACUCCCAGCUCAGGCUGAGAAAAAACACGGACCUGAGGAAUUUAAAUCAACACCUAAACCCAAAUUGGUGCAAACUCAAAACAUACUGGCUUCUAAUGAAAUACAGCCUCUUCCUUCUGGAUCCAGAAUCUCUGAUGUUCCAAAAAGUCCAUUGACAGAGCUCGCCUUUGAGGAAACACAGCCUAUUUCUUCAGGAUCCAGAGCAUCUUGUACCACAGAAGUGCAACCAACCAGAUCUGCUUCACGUGACUUUCUUCAUGUUACUUCUACUCCCCAGAUUUUAACAGCUUCAGAAAUACAAGGCACUGGUGAAAGGAAGCCUUUUUCUUCAAGAUCCACAACAUCUAGCAUGCCAGAAAUGUCACCGAUAUCAGCUGUUACCCAGAGACCAAAGCUGAAACCUACCUUUCCUUACCUUGCAAGUCAAAGAACAUUGGAGGCAACCCAGAGACCGGAGCUGAAAUCCACCUCAUCUGCUUCAUUGAAUACCAUACGGACUGUGAAGGCUACUCGAAGACCAAGGCUGAAGCCCACCACUCCUUCCUCCCUGACAAUGCAUCAAACUGUGAUGGUAACUAUUCAAGCACCUUUCAAACCUAUUACACCUGACAACGUUGAAGUAGAAUCGGCUUCUGAUGAAACACAGCUUAUUUCUUCAAGGACCACAACAUUUGCUAUCCCAGAAAUGCGAUCAACAAAAUCUGCAACCCAGAGACCGGAGCUGAAAUCCACCUCAUCUGCUUCAUUGAAAACCAUACGGACUGUGAAGGCUACUCGAAGACCAAGGCUGAAGCCCACCACUCCUUCCUCCCUGACAAUGCAUCAAACUGUGAUGGCUUCACUGGACUCUUAUCAUCUUACUUUCCCAUCCCAAAUACCUGCAUCUGCAGAAAUAUCAAAAAUAGAGACUGUUACAAGUUCAGCUGACCUGGAAAAAUCUGUGUCUCCACUUUCCAGAACUCCUCAUGUGCUAACAACAACUACGGCAACAAGUAAAUCCAUUCUGGAAUCUUUCACAUCUAAAACUUCUCAUCCUUUUCAAUGGCCAAGUGUAACAUUAGCUACAAAAGAAAUACCGCUUAUUCCUUCUAAACUGAAACCAUCUGCUACCCCAGAAGCACAGCAUGUGAAACCUGCCCCUAAACCGUCACUUUUGGAGCCUAAAGCUUCUCAGACUGUUGAAAAACCAAAAACAACACUAGCUCCUAAAGAAGCAAAACUUAAACCUUCUGCAUCUAAACAUAGACCAUCUGGCAGACCCAAAAAGCCACGAACUAAACCCGCAUCAACUAUUCUGGUGUCAGUCACUACUAGGAGUCCCUACAUAUAUGAACGUCCAAAGACUGCAGAGGUCUUGGAACCUAUUACACUUAGAAUUGAACCACCAAGGUCAACAAUAGCUCCAACAGAGACUCAGCAUAUUCCUUCUAUACCUAAAACUUCACCCAAAACUCAUAUCCCACAAGCCAAAGAUGUCCUGAAAUCUGUAACACUUAGAACUGAUCAACUAAAACCAGCAAUAGUUCCAAAAGAAACACAGCAUUUUCCCUCCAAACCUAGAACAUCACCAAGCUCAGAGGUGCCACAAACCAAAGCUGCUCCUAACAAUACACGUCAUGGGACUUCUGAACCUAAAACAUCACCCAGUCCACAUGUUCCUCCAACUAGAGCAAGUCCAAAAGAAAGUCGGCGAGUGUCUUCCAAGCCUAGAGCAUCACCAGGUCUGGGCAUAACAUACACAAAAACUGCUCCUCAAGAACCACAACAUACUCCCUUUAAACCAAAAGCAGAUCCCAUUCCAGAUGCUCCACACAGGAAGCCCGAAAUCGUUCCAGCCUUCCAAGAACCAGAUACUACUACUAUUCCUCACGUUCCUGAAAGAACUAAGGCAACACUGGCUCCAACUGAAAAACAGUUCAUUCAUACCAAGCCAAAAACAUCUGAAAAACCAAGAGUGCCGCACACCAAACCUGCAAUACGUCAGACAACUCCACAACCAAUUAUUACAAAACCUUCUACUACCACCGAGCAUUCAAGGGCAACAAUGGCUCCAAAAGAAACACUGCUCAUUCCUUCCAAACCCAGAACAUCUGUUGGGCCAGAAGUACCACAGUCUAAAGCUGCUCCAAGAGCAACACACCCGGGAUCAAUUAACCUUGUAACAGUUCAUGUUGUUGAUGGAUACAAAAUUACUUUGGCUCCCAGUGAAACGUACCAGAUUUCACCCAAGGCCAAAACUGCUUUGGCAACUGAAAUUCCACGCUUCAGUACAGCACCCUAUAAAACACGUUUCACUUCUGCAAGACCAAAGCUAUCUGAUAAAUCACAGACCAGACAAGUUCUUAGCAGAACCACACUAGCACCAGCUAGAACAAAAGCAUCUGGACUGCCAAAGUGGAUUGUGCCAACAACAGAUGAGGCACAUACACCUGAGGAUAUUGCCAGACAAAUUGGCAUUGAUGUACAAAAACCUUUGGAAUAUAUUGAUAACUGGGAAAAGGCAGUUUCUGUAACCACAUCACCUGGCCCUCAGCAUCCUCCUCUGCCUCCUCCUGUCAAGCCUACACAAAUGCGAAGAAAACCUCUGCCUCCAAACACUGUGACUGGUAAACCAGGGAUGCCAGCUAAACCCGCUGGACCAACAACACCUGUGAGGACAGGAACGUCAUAUAAGAUGCCAACAGCUUUUGCAACUCCAGACUAUUAUAUUGAUGUAACUGUCUUCAGCUCAAGUCCUACAUCAGAAACAGAUUCUUCAGGCAAACCAAGGUACCAAGCCCCCCAUGUCAAGUACAUGAAGAAAGAUGAUGAUGUGCCUUGCUCGAUCACAAGCUCUCUUGAACAUUUUCCACAAGAGGAAGCUAACAGCAAGGAAGAACCUACUCGUCCUCCACAAAAUCCUCCAACAAACCUCACAGUGGUGACUGUUGAGGGCUGUCCAACUUUCGUCAUACUGGACUGGGAGAAACCAGACAAUGACACUGUUACUGAGUAUGAGGUUGUGUCAACUGAAAAUGGAGCAACUGAUGGUGAAAAGGAGAAAUCGAUUAUCACUACAAAUCAAACUCAUUCUACUGUGGAAAACCUAAAACCUGACACAAGUUAUGAAUUCCACGUGAAGCCUAGAAAUCCUCUUGGUGAAGGUCCAAGUAGUAAUGUUGUGGCAUUCAGUACUGAAUCAGCGGACCCAAGAGUGAGCGAGCCAAUUUCAAUGGGAAAGGAUGCUAUCUGGACUGAAAUCCCAUUCCAUUCAGACACCUAUUCAGAAUGCAAAGGGAAACAAUACGUAAAGAGGACUUGGUAUAAGAAGUUUGUAGGUGUGCAGCUGUGUAACUCUUUGAGAUACAAGAUAUACCUCAGUGAUUCACUUACAGGAAAAUUUUAUAACAUAGGAGACCAGCGGGGCCAUGGAGAAGAUCACUGCCAGUUUGUAGACUCAUUCUUAGAUGGAAGGACAGGACAGCAAGAAGAUCUGCCGGUCAAAGAUGGAUUUUUCAGGGCCGUACGUCAGGAACCUGUCAAAUUUGGAAAAAUUGGCGGGGAGACUCACAUUAACUACGUUCGUUGGUACGAGUGCGGAACAUCAAUCCCUGGGAAAUGGUAGAUGUGAACGUGGAAAGAAGGCCGAGCACUUCCCACCUGCCUGACUGCCCAGCAUGGGCUCAGAGAUGGCAAUGUCCACAGUACACCUAGCACUGCAGUGUGUUUGCUGAUGUGCAAGGGUUUAUACAAGUCUAAUGCCAAUACUACAUUAAUUGUGUACUAGUGUAGGCUGCUUACUGUAUGUAGUUAUCCAGUUUUACAGACCUUUUUUUGGAUUUAAAAAAUAAAUUCCAACCAGGCUAGGGCCAUGUUGUAGGAUACUGUGUAGGGAAGCUGGCUCCCUAUUCCCGAGGUAUGGUUUAUUUGGUAUUUUAAAAGAUGCAGUGUGUAUAUUAUUUAUCACAAUGUUGCAAUAAAUGUUUAAGGCACAGUUAUGGCAGAGUCGGUCAUGGAAUGCAGCAUGCUUUAGUUCUUAAGUAUUCACUGGUCUUCUACAACACAAGUGCCAUAAGCUCCCUGUCCGGAUGGAUCUGUCAUAAAUAGAGAAGACACUACAAUUGUUAAUAUCCUGCAACCAGUAAACUUGAAUCGCUGUCUCCUUACUUGUACAAACAGUUUAUAUUCCUGCCAGCACACAGAGGAAGGUUGCUCUACAUGCAGCUUUGCAUCAUCAGGUUGGUGGGUUUUCCAAAGGUUCCAGCACCAGAGCACAUUCAGCCCCUGGCUGCAGAGCUGGACUGCAGUGGGUGGUUGGGCUACCUGAAAGCAGGCAGGUGCCUAUGGUCAGAGAGUGACAAACAUGGAACUGCCCCUCAAGGCUCCAGCUUUUCAUAGGAAUGUAGUUUUUGGAGGCUGAGACUUCCUGGCUCAAAAGCUAAGUGUACAUACAGGGGGCUUGGAAAGAGAAAUGAAAUGGGAAAAUAAUAAGCUAUUGUUGUUACAGCAUAAUCAGGUUUAUUUAAAAGAAGAAAGUGUUCACUGGGGACAAAGAGGAAAUAGUGAUAACUGAACUUUAAAAACUGCCUUACAGUUAAUUAAAACCUCUCCCAAAGCUACUUGUACUGCUUGACCAUUUAUGAACUAAAGAGAUGUAGGUUUUUUUAAAGGUGUUAUUCACUACAUUACUAAGGUAUUGAAAAAAUAUGAACAGGAACAGCCAGAUAUAUAUAUAUAGUAGAAAUAGUCAUUUAUAGAAAAUGCCUUAUAAAGUACAUUGCAGGUACACUGUACUCCUAAUAAAGUAUUUUUUAAUCAA